AUGCCAUCAAUUGAUCCUUUUAUUAUGGAAUCAAUAGAUGAUGAUAUAUAUUCAGAUUUUAAUUGUGCUGGGUUUGGAGUUUGGAGUAGAUAUGUGCCACUUAGUAAUGUGUUAUAAAUUGGAGAGAUUGGAAUACUUGAUAGUAGUUGUUUUCAUUUGUUUCGAAUUUAGGAUAAGACAAAUAGUUAAUUAUAUUUUCUGUAAUACGAAUGUGUCAAUUCUGAAUCAAAAACAAUAAUAAAAUAUUUUUAAUUUUUAGGUAGUGAUGGCAGUGAUUUUAUUGAGGAAAUCCAAAUUAAUGAGGCAUUAUAUGAAUAUGUCUGGUAUUUUUAAGGAUUUGUUACAAUUCCUUCAUAAAAACAAGUCACUAUAUAUUAUUAUGAACAAGUUACCCAGAUUUUUUCAAAAUAACUCUAAAUUGAGUUCUCUUUUGAAGGAAUAAAAUCUAAUUUAAUAAUAGGAGGUGAUUUGAAAGUAAGUCAGAAUUCACCAUUUUUUCGACCAGAAAAUAAUUAACUUUCAUACUUUCCAGGAAAUAUAGAAUAUCUUUUUGAUUGUUACUUUUAUGAACCUGAUUAUUUCUUAGGGAUUUUAUAAUCAAAUAAAAAUACUUAGUGUUUGUGUCAAAAAAGUGCAAUACUUAAAAUAGGAGAUGUAAUAAUAUAAAAAUUAGAUUAAUUGUAAUUUGUUUCCUAAUAAAUUAAUUGUUAAUAAUUUUUAUUCUCUAGUUGGAUAAAAAUUAAAGAAAUUUAUUCUCAAUAAGAUGAAUUUGUUUAUUAACUGUUUAAAUUAUCAGGAAACUUUUAAAAUCCAUAUAUGAUUUAAGACAAUCUAUGUGCAUUUUAAUUAUUUUAUAAGUUCUCAUCUUAAGGAAAUUAAAUCAUUUUUAAAACUUAUAGUUAUACAUUCCCUAGUUUAAAUAUAGAUUUUUCAAAUAAUUCCUUUUUGAAGACAGAAAUAUUUGACAUUGAUUGUGAUAUUUAAUUAUGGCAUUAUAUCUUAGUAUAAAAAUUUGAUACUUCUAUUUCAAUUUCAAUAACAUUUUACUAAAAUUAUGAUCAAAUGAAAUUAAAUAAAAAUUUAGAGGUUAAAUAAUAUAAUAUGGUUUAAUUUAAAUUACUUUAUGGAAAUAUUUUAUAAUCUAAAUCAAACUAUUUAGAAAUUUCUAUUAUAGAUUUAAAGUUUAUAAACUGUCCAGAUAAUGAUUAACCAUAGAUAAACUGCCAUCCUACUUGUAAGGAGUGUGAUGGUCCAACAAAAGAAGAUUGUCUAUCAUGUUUUGAAUUAUCAAAUAGAAUAUAUUUACCAGAUUUUAAAGAAUGUAUAUGUGAAUAUGGAACAAUUGAUUAGAACGAUUAAUGUAUUCAUUUUUUAAAUUUAAAUUUUAUUUUAAUUUAAGAAAUCCCUCUUAAAAAAGAAUGUCUGUAUGGGUAUUUUGAAUUAAAUGAUAAUUGCUUUUAAUGGUAUUAAUAUAUUAUAAAUUAGCCCAUCUAUAAUUAAUAAUAAUAUUAUAACAUGUUUAGAAUGUGUAUAAAAUCCUAGUAAAUGGAAUCAAACUCUUCUUUGUGAAACAAUAUUAUUAACAGAUAAAAAUGGAAAUAUUACAAACUACUUGACAAAUUAAAAUUUGUAAUACAUUUAAAUUGGAAAUGAUAUAUAAUUCUGUUUUGGAUGUGAUUAAAAAAAUCCAACAUAUAAUUAAUUUGAUUAAAUUGAAUCGAUAUUCAAAUUUAAAAGAUUUUGUUAAUCACUAGAGAAUGAUUGUUAUUCAUGUGCAGAAGGAUGUUUAAAAUGCUAACUUUAAAAAAUAAAUUUAUAUUGUUCAGAAGAAUAAGUAAAUAUUCCAACUUCAUUUUAUAAAACUGAUUAUCCUUGCUAACCUCCUAAUUUUAUAGAUUUUUAUGAAAAAUGUUUUACUUGUCAAAUACAACAUUGUUUAUAUUGUUUUAAUUAUUUAGCAAAUGAUCCGACAAAAACUACUUUAGGAUUUUAUCAAGAAAACUAUUUAGUUGAUGAAGAGAUAAAAGUAGGCUGUGCAUAAUGUACUGAAGGAUUCAUUUAUGACUUCAAAAAAGGAUAAUGUAUUAAUAAGAAACCAACUUAAGAAAAUUGUUUAAGAUCCUUUAUUAAUUUGAAUGAUAGAGAAAUUUGCACAUUAUCUGCUAUCAAUGAUUUUAGUUUUGCUUUAGAAAUGAUAAAUUGUUAAAUUCACAUUUUUAAUUGUUUACGAUGCAUAUAAACUCUAUAAUAAAUUUUAAAAUGUUUAAUCUGUGAAGAUGGUUAUUUAGUAUCAUCCAGAACAGGAAUUUGUACAAAAUGCCCUUUUGAAACUACAAAAUAAUGUUUUGAAGAUAAUACCUUAGAUCCUUGGAAAUGGUUAGUUCAAGGUUUUACAAUUCAAUUCUUACCUAAUAGACCUAUUUUUACUGGUUUUGUAUAUAGACCAAAAUAAUUAAUAACUGAAUGUUUACAUGGAUAUGAAAAUAUAAGAAAUGAAUGCAAAAUAUACUGCGAUGAAACAUGUUCUGUUUGUGAACCAAAUCCUAUUAAUAAAACGUUUUUUUGUGGAAAGUGCAAAUUAAAUUAUUACAAAGAGCCUUAGAGGGUGCAACUUGAUGGAAAAUGUAUUAACUGUCCUUCAUUAUGUUAAGUUUGUUAAGAAAGACCUAAGGAAGAAAUAAAUGUAAAAUAUUUUAAUUAAAAUAGAAAAUAAAUCCAUAUUUUAUUAUAACUCCUGAAAAUUUGAAAUAUACUUAUAGAUGUAUUUAGAAAAUACUUAAUCAUUAAGUUCAAAUUGACCCUAACCUAAAUAUUGCAUAAUAUUGUUAUUAAGAUAAUUGUAACUACAAUUUGGAAUUAAAUUUUGUAUUUUUAAUUUUUAAUUAGGGUGAUUUUGAUUGCAGCCGUCUUAAUUUUGUCCAUGCUGAUUUAGAAAGAUAUUAUAAUUAUCAAUAUUUUAAUGAAAUAGGGCUUUAAUAGUGGACACUAUCACUUCAUACACGGGAAUUUUGUGAAUUUAAUGAUCCUGAAUAAUUAAUAGAAAAUACUGUUAAAGAAAACAUAUUUUCUAUUUAAUUUAUAAGAUUAAAAUUUUAGGGUACAUCAAUGCCUAUAAAAUUGAAUAUAGAUCAAUUUAAAUUUUCACUAAUAAAAUUCGAUUAAAUCAUAAUGAGUGAUCUUAUAUUUGAUAUAGAAAGAGAAAUUAUUUUCAUAUUUUAGAACAGGAAUUUACCAGUAGAUUUAAAGAUGCUUAAUAUGCAAUUUUAUUCAAUCGCAAAUUCUCCUAUAUCAAUGUCCAUUCAAGGAGAGAAUAUCCUUAAUGUAAAUUUAUAAGAUAUUUCAAUUUUUAAUAUAAACUUUGAAAAUUAAGUGAUUUUUAAUCUUGUUGGUACAGAUUAGAGUGAUCACUUUAAAUUUAUAAUUUUGAACUAAAGAAUUGUUUAUUUAGAAAUUCUACUUUAUUUUUAUUGUAAAAUGGGAAAAAAAGUAUAUAUAUAGAAAAUUUUACUAUUGAUUCAUGUGAAUUUUAUAAUUCCUCAAUUGUGAAUAUAAUUCAAACACUAAAUUAAUUAUCUAGCAUUAUAAUUAAAGGAGUGUCUAUUAAAAAUUCUCUAUUAAAUAAAUUAAAUCUUAUAAAUAGCAUUGAAAAAACUACAUUAACUAUCAGGAAUAUUGAAAUUGUGUAAAAUUAGAUUUUUGAUUCAAAAUUUAUCAUUUUUAAUGACAAUUUCGAUUUUAAUGAUAUUUUUAUCAAGGAUAACCAUUUUAUAUCAACUUAGUUUAUUUCUUAAAUCUCUUAAGUGCAAGUUAAUUCAGAAAUUUAAAUGAAUAACAUUAAAAUUUAAGGAAAUAUUAUAUAAAAUUUUUCUUUAUUUGUUACUGAAUAAAAAUGGUCAUCAUCAUAAGUAAGUUAUUUAUUAUAAAACCUUUAUUUUGAAGAUAAUAUUAUCUCUUGUAAUUAAGAGUAAUUUUUGAUUACAAUAAACUGUUUUAGUUUGUGUAUUUAAAAUAUUUUCUUAAGAAAUACAACUAAUUAUCGUUUUAUAUCAUUAUUAGCUGUUCCAUUAAUUAGGAUUCAAAAUGUCAUUUAUGAAAAUUUGCUUUAGGAUUAAAAAGUUCAAAAAUCUUAUAAUUGUUUCAAAAAUUGUUUUUCUCGCUCAUAAUUACUAUAAGUUACUGGAUUCUCUAAUAUUACUUUAAAUAAAAUAACAAUAAAAAAUUAAUUUAGCAUAGAUUAAUCAAUAAUUUCAAUAUAAUCGAAUCCUUUUAUUAUGUAAAAUUUAAAUGAAAAUAUAUUAAUUACAAAUGUGGAAUUUACGGGAAAUAUUUUAUUAAAACAAAAUUAAGGAAUAUUUUUUUCUCUAUUAGAAUAAUAUUCUGAAAAGCCUUAAUUUAUAAAGAUUGAUAAUUUAAAAUUCGAAUAGAAUAUCUUUCAUUAAUAUAAUACAGAUCCAUCUAAGACUUCAGCUAGUCUUUUUUAUUUUAAUUCAGCUUAAAGCAUUAUGAUUUUGAAUAAUAUCAUAUGUAUAAAUAAUUCUUUUACAAAUUCUACAUAGUCAUUUUUUUCUCUAUUUUCAUUUGAAAUCUUAAUCUAAAAUUUUAAAGUUUAGAAUCAUAAUUAUAUUGAGAAGGAAUUUUGGAUACAGUAUUAUGACAUUAAUUUACAAGAAGAGUAUAGUUAAAAUGAAAUUACUUAUGCUAUUUCGAAUUCUUUUAAAAUUGAAACUAUUGGAGGGGUUUUAUAGACAACAGUUACUAAACUUACUAUUCUUAAUGGAGAAUUUAAUUACAUUAUUGCAUAAAGUAGCCAAAUUUUUAAUAUCAUUACAUAAGGUGAUGGAAUAAUAAUUAUAAAAAACUGUAGUAUUACUAAUGCUUAUAAUUAACUAAUUUCUAAAGUUCAAAAUGAUGGUGCAUUUACAAUUAAUGGCAAAAAUAGUUUAUUAUCAAUUAAUUUUGAAAAUAUUACUUUAAUAAAUGUUUUGAAUAAGUUAUCAUCAUCCAUUUUUUCAAUAUCUCCUUCAUCUACAUAUAAUAAUAUUGAAUUAAAAAAUAUCAUUUCUUAAAAUUGUUAUUCACUUAUUCAUUAAAUAAUAAAUUUUGAAGCAGAUUUUCAGAAUGCACAAAAAAAUAAAGUAAAAAUUGAAAAUUUCAGAUUAAUAUAAAAUGAAUAGGCUUUAUUGACUUUUCUUUAAUCUCUUGGAAAAAUCAAUUUAAUUGAAAUUUAAAAAGUCAUCAGUGACAAUUCAAUCAUGAAUUUCUAAGGAUGUGAAUUAAUUUUAAAUAAAAUACAAAUAGAGGGAAUAAUUUUAUCUUCUAUUAUUAAGGUUUAAGAUUCAAAAUUAAUCACAUUAAUGAAUUGUAAAUUUAUUAAUAUAUAAACAUUUUAUCCUUUGCAUUUAGUUGAUAUCUAACAGUAAAAUAUUUAGUCAUCAAGUAUAUAUAUUCAUAAUCUCAAUAUUUAAAAUUUAAAUCAUUUUACAUUUAAUAAAUAGACUUUAAAAUAUUUUGAUUUUAAUAAUAUUGAAUUAGAGUUUUCUUAAUGUAGUUUAAAAAUUAAUGAUAUAGGUUAAAUGUCUUCCAAAUAAGAGUUUGUUUUAACUUUUUUUGAUGAUAUUUAUACUAAUUCCAAUUAAAACGGGUCUUUGAUCAAGUUAAAAACUAAAAAAAAUCAAACUAGAGUAUAUUUUUCAAAGGUUCUAUUAUUAAAUAAUAAUUGUAAAAAUUGUUGGAAUGGCUUACUUUUUUUAGAAUUGACUGAUUUUUAAUAUUUUCGAAUUUCAGAAUUAUCAUGCAUUAACAAUUCUAUUAAAGAUUAUGGUUGUAUAUGGGCUAAAGCAGAGAUAAAAAUAAACAGUAUUUUGUUUAUUGAUCAUUCAUCUUUUAUUACUAAUUAUGGAAGAUUAGGAUCAGGAAUUUUUGUAUAAAAUUUACGAAUAAAGUUAUAAAAUUCAAAAAUUAUAAAUAAUACUGCUUCUUUUAGAGGAGGUGGAUUCUAUUUCGAGGAAGGUACUGAUAGAUUUACUAUUAAAUCUACAAUAAUCAUUAAUAAUUCCGCAAAUGAAGCAGGUGGAGUUUUUUUAUAUGGAAAUAGUAGUUUAAGUUAAAAUAAUUUUAUUUAGUCUCUACUGCUAUUUAAUUAUGCAAAAUUUGCUUCAAAUAAUAUUAAUGAAUUACCUUCACAUUUAUCUUUAUCAAUAAAUUAGCUCGAAAUGUUGUCCCAAGAAAUAAUAAUGGAAAAUCGUUCUUAUUAAGUCUUACUAUUAAAACCAUUUAAUAUCAUUUCUUAGGAUCAUUACAUAUAAACUAAUUUUUUAUUUGUUCCAAGUGGAUAAUAAAUAUUGAAUUUUUAACUUUUUAAUCCUUAGCUUUUCAAAUAUUUAAACUAUAUAACUGAAUUCUCAAUAAAGUUUAAAAAUAGCAGGAACGAACAACAAAUAAACUUUUUAAACUCAGCUUGUGAUAUACAAUAAUAAAUUUUUGAUAUCAAAUCUUAAAAGAUAAUUGAAUCUAUUACAAUAUCAACAAUAAGUUUUAAUCAAUAAAUUAAAAGCUUUAAUUUAGGCUCAUUAUAAUUAAGUAUAGAUCCUUACGAGUAGAAAGAUAAAAUAUAAGAAAUUUUAAUAUUUUGUAAAACAGAAUAUCAAGAGGAAAGUUUAGCUUAUAGAAUGAGGGUUAACAGCUUUUUAUGCCAAUUAGGUGAAUUUUAUGUUUUCUCUGGAUGCCAAAAAUGCUAAUCAGAAUAAGGAUUUUAUUCAGUGACUUAUAAUACUACAAAAUGUUCUCUUUUUGAUAAAAAUAGAUUUGAAGCCAUUACUUCUAAUAAAAUUUAAUUAAAACCUGGAUAUUGGAGAUCAAGUUAUAUUACUGAUAAUGUAGAAUUAUGCUAUAAAGAUCCAAGUCAUUGUUUAGGAGGAUGGGUAGUUGGCGAUGACCUUUGUUUUAUAGGUCAUAUAGGAGGAUUGUGUGAAGAAUGUGAUAGAUAUAAUUUAAGAGGAGACGGUUAGUUCUUUAAAAACUAAUAAUAAUUGGAUUGUUAAUAAUGUGAAUAACUUUCAAAAAGGUUGAUAGCGUUUUUCUUAAUAUCAAUAUGGUAAAUAUAAUUAAUUUUUUUAAGGGCUAUUUUUUCUACACUGUUAACGAUUAGAAGUGUCGAAAGAACAAAUUAACUAUACGUUUAGCUAAAACUUUAUUAAAAUUAAAAAUUUGUUGAAAUUUUAUUCAAACUCCAACAAGGUAUAAUUAAAUAUUUAUAUUAGAUCAUGAAAGUAUUUUACUCAAAUUAUUUCUUAAUUAUUUUUGGAUUUUUUCACUCAUCUUUACAUUCAAUAUUAGUUUUUCAAUAUCUUUAAACAUUGUUAAACCAUCAAAUGAUACUUCUUAUUUUAUGGCCAAUUUUUUCGAAUGUUUAUUGGCUGAAAUUUAAGGAAUAGAAUUAAUUUAUAGUAGAAUCUUAGUUAUGUUUAGCAUUAUGGUCUGUUAGAUAUUGAUUAUUUUUAUUGGAUUUUAACUAUUAGAUAUUCUAAAAUUCUAUAAGUUUUAUAGUAGAAUCAUUUCAAUUACUGUUUUAUAUUUGUAUAUCUAAAAUUAUGCAUCUUUAAUAAAUUAGUAAAAUUUGUUAUGAAUUUUAGAUUUUUUUCAAUUUUGGCAAUUAGAAGAAUAUCUGAUUUAAACUACAUACAAGGUGAUGUCUCCUUGAUUUAUGGAUCUCAGAGUCAUAUCUCUUGGAUUUAUGGAUUUGUAAUACCUGGAUCCUUAUUAAUUGGAUUAAUUCUACCCUUAUCUUUAUUUUUCCUUUUGUACAUAAACAAAGAUUAGCAUAAGAAAAUAAAUUUUAGAAGACACAUAGGAUAUUUAUUUAAUGAAUAUACUCAAAAGAAUUAUUUUUGGGAGAUUAUCAAAUUAUGGAAGAAAACAAUCAUUAUAAUUAUUUUAAUCUAUUUUGAAACUGAUAUAUAUUUGAAAGCAUCUUUGUUAGGACUUUGCGUAUUGAUUUAUUCAGUAAUUGCUUAAAACUAUAAACCUUAUAUACUUCAUAAACUUAAUAUAUUAGAUAUAAAAAGUGCUCAGUUUUGUUAGAUUGCAAUAUUUUUAGCAACAGUAAAAUACAUUUGUGAAUAAUAAGAUAAAAAAGAUAUUUCAUAUAUCAUAUAAACUUUUAUCAUUUUUGAUAGCAUAGUUUUGGGUUAUCCAUUUAUAAUUGAUAUUCUAAAAGUUUAUUAUAAAAAAUAUAAGCUUCAGAUAAUGUAAUUAUUAUUAAAAGGAUUUUAAACUUUGAGACCUAAUUUUAUUGCUACCAAAUAUCUUAAAAAAAAAAUAAAUUUUUUGAUUUAGAAAGAAGAAAAGAGUAAAAGUAAUAUCAAAAAAUUGAAAUAAAUGCUAUUCUCAAAAAAUUAAAAAAGAUAUUAGUAAUAUAUUUGAUUUAUUUUUAGACCAAAAAUUAAUUUAUAAUUAGUUAAUACAAACAGAAAAAAAUUAAUAUCGAUAAAAACUGUGAAACUCUUUUAAGAAAAAGUAAUUUGA